AUGGUUCACGUCGUUCAUUCAGCCCUCUACUGGAAGCUGCGAUGUAUCCAGGACGCGUCAAGCGGCGACGACAAGAACGUGCCCCCGAAUGUGCCCCCUCGAAUGACGCUUUUGUGCCGACCUCGAUGGCCACAUAACGUUAUUCACCUGGGCUCCCAAUUCAAUCCGAUGGCCACUAUGUAUCCUGACGUCCCACACUUCGGUUCCUGUCAGUGCUCGGCUCCUUUCGGUGCAAACACUUGCCGCAAUCCCCUCGUACACGCGUACUGCAACAUUAACUGUUGCCCGUACGAGGGCAUGUGUGGCAGCGGCCUUCACGGAUCGACAAAGGUAUAUCUCGCACGCAACUUGCGGUCGUCAGCGCUAGGAGAUGCCGCUGCUGCAGACAUUGAAGUUGUCGAGGUUCUUGGGGAGUAUUUGGGCGAGCUCGAGCAUCUGAGCAUGAACCGCAACGUUCCCCCCGAAAUACAGGCUACCGGCUUCUUCUGA